AUGCGUGAGGAAGGGCUCCAACAGGCUCCAACAGGCACCGUCCUGUGGAACUGUGGAACGCCAGAAGAGUUGAACACAGACGAGUGGCCUGUGCUUCGCCAGGAUGCUGAGGGCGAUUUAGCGGCAAAAACUAACAGCACUCCUGCCCCCGCAACUGAAGCCAACAGGGACCAUAAAUCGAAGCCUCCAGAUAUUCACACUCGGUGUAUCCAUGUCAACCGAAGGCGUAGCACAAGUCGAUUAGGACCACUAAGCACGUCUACGUUCCAACAGGACAUCAUUCAUGAUCCUGGCCGAGGCGCUCCCCUGGCCAAGAUUGCCUUCCGUGACCCAUACAGGUUUAAGAAAAGAACCGAGCUUUUCAUUGCUGCUGAGGGUAUUCAUACCGGUCAGUUCGUUUACUGCGGCAAGAAAGCUCAGCUGAACAUUGGCAAUGUUCUACCUGUUGGCACCAUGCCAGAAGGCACCAUCGUGUGCUGCCUCGAGGAGAAGCCUGGUGACCGUGGAAAGCUGGCCCGUGCUUCUGGAAACUAUGCCACCGUUAUCUCUCAUAACCCUGAAACAAAGAAAACCAGAGUGAAGCUGCCUUCUGGCUCCAAGAAAGUGAUUUCUUCUGCAAACAGAGCUGUUGUUGGAAUUGUUGCUGGUGGAGGCCGUAUUGACAAGCCCAUCCUGAAGGCUGGCCGUGCCUAUCACAAAUACAAGGCGAAGAGGAACUGCUGGCCGCGUGUCCGUGGUGUGGCCAUGAAUCCUGUAGAACAUCCCUUUGGUGGUGGUAACCAUCAGCACAUUGGCAAACCUUCAACCAUCAGGAGAGAUGCUCCUGCUGGGCGCAAAGUUGGUCUCAUUGCUGCCCGUCGUACGGGUAGACUGCGUGGAACAAAGACUGUGCAGGAAAAGGAGAACUAAAGACCCAGUAUGGAGUUCACAGAAUAAAUUUUUAAAACAUA